AUCGGAGCGUUUGACGGCUCAUCACGGGUAAUAGGUUCCUAGGCAAAUCAUCUUUAUUGUGUCGUCGACAACUCGGUACCACUUGACCUGCGAUCGACGGGCCAGCUUUUCGGCGUCUCUUCCCCUUUUUUUUAAAAAAAAGAAGGCUUAAUCGUGCCUUCGAUGCGGUAUUUUGCACAGAUAAACACGCAUUCGUUCUACUGGACACACGUAUACGCACGCUGUUUCGGCGGUUUUGCAAUGUGGGACAUUUGAAACUGACGUCUUCGUGGCAUUGACGCGUAAGCACUGCCGCAUCAUCGGGUAUGGCAAUGCCAGGGGGUCAAGGCGUGCCCUAUGGAGGGGCCGUUCCCUAUGGCCGGCCGGGUGCACCCUCAGCUGGGGUUGCAGAGGGGGCAAGUCCCCAUGCUGUGCCCUAUGGGGACAGUGUCCACCACAUGGCCAAGGAAGCCCACCAGCUUCGACCUCCUCUUCCGGUGGUUAUGACCCAGCCGCCACCAACACAGUCAAAACCUAAUGGGCCGACUGUAAAUGGCAGCUGGGCUCAUCUGGGUGGAGGGUACACCAAUGGACCUGCAUCAAAGGUUUCCUCGCACCAACAGCAAGUGCCUUCCUUGAGCCCUGCAGGUGUUGCUUCAAGCAGAGUAAACCAGGGUUACCAGCAGCCUGGCUCAAGUCCUCUAGUGACUCCUACAACUUCUGAGCCAACGUCAGCGAAGUCCUCACGGAAUGCUUCUCCAAUCCCAAGUCAGCGUUACGAUUUCAUGGAGGGGCAGUUCUCUUCUCCCAGGCCGAGCCCCGUCAACUACAUGUACCCUAACACCAGUCAGGCGGCUCCACCCCUCCGAGGAGGCCCGCAACCACCAGUAGCAGGAUUCUAUCCACCAGCCUCUCAGGGAUCAAGCUCAUCAUCUUUUGCAAGGGUGGCACCACAGCAGCCUGGGCAACCUCCGAUGGGGCCACCUUCUGUCUCUGGAGCCCCAUUUGCCAGGCCAGUGCCUGCGUCAGGGCCCAGCAGCCUACCUUCGCCACCUGUCUCUGGUAGCACAUAUCCAGUGUCCACUCCCUCAAGUGCUUUCCCCGGACCUCCCACUUUGGGUGUGCAAUCUGUGCCAGGUAUGCCACCUCCUGUCUCGUCCAACCAGCAUCCAGCUACCAGCCCUCAACCUGCAUUUCAAGGCCAGUUAUCAGCGCCCACCACCUUUCGGCCAGUCUUGGGCCCAGCACCAUCCAUUCUGGGUUCAGCAGCCCCUGCUCAGGGUCUAGCACCACCAGUCUCAGGUCCCCCUGUGUCUCAACCUUCGGGCACAAGCCGACUGCCUGGCCCUCCAACAUCUUCAGUGCCACAUCCACCAUCGUCCCAUUUUUCAGGCCCACCUCCACCAGUGUCGGGACAGAGUGUACCAGCACCCUUUCAGGGCCCCAGGGUGCCAGGUGUGGCCAGUUCUGGAGUGCCUUCACCACCUGUUUCACACCCAGCAACACAAUCUCAGGGGUAUGGACCACCUCCAGGCAGUACGCCUGGUGCACCACAGCAGAGGCAGGGUUACCCUGGUUCACCACCAACUUCAUCUGCUCAGCCCCAGACAUUGCAUGGAAGGCCAUCGUAUCCGCAACAGCUUAGCUACAGUCAUUCAAGUGGCGCCAACAGUAUGCAGCCACCACCUCCCCUCUACACCACUCAACAGCAGCAGCAGCAGCAGCAGCCAACUCUUGAGCCACCCAUGGGAGGAGUGCCAGGCUAUGACCCAGAGCUGCAUUCAAGAAUGGCAGGGCUGAGUGUAAAUGCCAGCUUCAACAAGCUUUGGGGUUAUGAAGCAUGCAACUUACUACAGACACGAAACAUUCUUCCCAAGACUCCAGAGGACCCACCCAAGCCAUCAUUGCCUGGCGAGAAUGCAGUUUGCUCGCCUGACAUUUUUAGGUGCACUUUGACCAAGAUACCAGAGACACAGUCCCUUCUACAGAAGGCUCGCCUACCUUUAGGUGUCCUUAUUCAUCCGUUUCGAGAUGUUACUCACCUGCCUGUGAUUCAAAGCAGCACCAUUGUGCGCUGUCGCUCUUGUCGUGCCUACAUCAACCCGUAUGUGCAAUUUGUGGAGCGGCAAAAGUGGAAGUGCAACAUUUGCUUCCGCAUCAAUCCCUUGCCUGAUGACUUCAUGUAUGACCCAUCAACGAAAAAAUAUGGUGAGCCAGAACGACGGCCUGAGGUUCGCAAUGCCACUGUGGAGUUCAUGGCUCCUACAGAAUACAUGUUACGGCCGCCGCAACCAGCAGCCUACCUUUUUGUUCUUGAUGUUUCUCAUGGUGCCAUACAUACAGGAUACUUGUCAUCAUUCUGCAAGGUUCUUUUGGAGGAGCUGGACAACAUUCCAGGUGACAGUCGCACACAGGUGGGCUUUGUAACCUUCGACUCAUCGGUGCACUUCUACAACUUGGGCGAAGGGCUUAGCCAGCCACAGAUGCUGCUCGUCUCGGACAUUGAUGAUGUAUUUGUGCCCUCUCCAGACAGUUUAUUGGUCAACAUCCAUGAAAGCAAAGCACUUGUACAAGAUCUCUUGACCAAUCUACCAACUAUCCAUGCACAAAAUGGGGAACCGACAAGUGCCUUGGGUGCCGCUGUACAAGCUGCUUUUAAGCUAGUGAGUCCUAUUGGGGGAAGGGUAUCGGUGUUCCAGACCUGCCUUCCUAAUGCUGGUCCUGGUAGCCUCAAGCCUAGAGAAGACCCCAACCAGAGGGCUGCAAAGGAGAUCAUGAACCUGCUGCCUGCAACUGACUUCUACAAGAAGCUUGCCCUUGACUGCUCAGGCCAGCAAGUGGCUGUUGACGUGUUCCUCAUGGGUGCACAAUACAUGGACGUGGCAAGCAUCGCCUGCAUCUCCAAGUACUCUGCAGGCUGCAUCAGCUAUUAUCCAGGCCUGCACAGCACUCAGAACCGGAGUCAGGUGGAAAAAUUUGAGGCUGAGCUGAGAUAUUACAUCACACGCAAGAUCGGUUUUGAAGCAGUUAUGAGGAUACGGUGCACCAAAGGACUUGUGAUCCACACGUUCCAUGGCAACUUCUUUGUGCGCUCGACAGACCUGCUGUCACUGCCCAAUGUUAACCCAGAUGCAGGUUUUGGCAUGCAGAUAGCCAUUGAAGAGAGCUUGGCUGACUGCAAUCUUGCCUGUUUUCAGGCGGCUGUACUUUACACGUCCAGUCGAGGUGAAAGACGGAUUCGGGUGCACACGCUGUGCCUUCCAGUAACUGCAAUGCUGCAAGACAUCCUCGGAUCUGUAGACCAGGAAGCAGUCAUGGGCAUGCUCUGUAAGAUGGCGGUGGACCGGAGCCUUUCAUCGUCUGUCGUGGAUGCACGAGAGGCAAUGGUUAAUGCGUGCCUGGACCUGAUCCAAGCUUUCAAGACUACCCUGAAUUCUGGUCAAGCGGCUGCAUUAGGGCUGCCUAUCCCCCAUUGUGCCCGCCUUGUGCCGCUCUAUGUGCUUGCGCUAAUGAAACAUACAGCAUUUCGUGUUGGCAUUAGUACCAAGCUGGAUGAACGGGUCUUUGCUAUGGAGCAGAUGAAAAUGAUGCCUCUGUCGUACCUGAUGACUUACAUCUAUCCAGCAUUGUAUCCUCUACAUAUGCUUGAUGACCAGGACGCCUUGGAGCUGGAUGAUGGAACACUGGUGUGCCAGCCACCACGACUGCAGCUGUCCUUUGAAAAUAUUGACAGGCAUGGUUGCUAUGCGUUGGAUACAGUCGACCGCCUCUACCUAUAUGUGGGCCGGGCACUCAGCGACCGAUUCUGCACGAAUGUGCUGGGUGUGCCAAACUUUGCCGCCAUUCCCGAGGACAUGAAUGAGCUGCCCCAGUUGGCAACUGAAGAGUCGGAAAGGGUACGAAACUUCCUCUCUUGGACGCAGUCAAGGCGGCCCUUCUACAGCCCACUCAGGGUGAUCAGGGAAGACAGCAAGGAUCGGCACCUUUUUGUGCAGCACAUGGUUGAUGACCGAACGGAGUCAGCGCUUUCCUACUAUGAAUUCCUUCAACACUUGAAGCAGCAGAUAAGCAAAUAGGAAGAAGACUGCUCAUAGUUUUUCGGCUUUCUCCUUUUAUUUUAUUUUUUUUCUGUGGUUUUGCCUUUCUCAAUUUUGUGUGGCUCUUGUUUGUCCGCUCCCGUGCAGCUGUUAUUUCAGCAGAAACUUCAUGGACACUUGAGGCGAACCUACUGUCACAGUCUGUGUCGACGCCGAUGCGCGUGAUGUGUGCGUGCGUCUGUGUGCAACGAAACACCCUGCAAUGCCAGAAUUGUGGUGCCACCGGAAAGAAGUAUUCUCUCGUGAUAAAGAGAGAGUGAGAGGGAGUGUAGGUGGAGCAUAAGACUGUGUGCUUUAUUUUUUUUUUUGCUCCUUCCUUCUUACACUCUGCUUGUUUUAUGGGCAUGAAAAAGUUCUCUGCCAAGUUUACCUGUGGGUGUUCUUGCACUGCGAAAGCUGCUCUGUUGUUUACUUAUUUCGUCAUUUUAAGGGUCUAUGUUUCCUGCCUUUUCCUGAAAAUGUAAUUUGCAGCUUCAUUUUUAAGAUUCUUUUCUAGGUUGCAACUACAUCUCUUUUUUCUCGUGUCGUCUUCUUGAAGAACAAGAAAAAGCUAUUUUGAGAGUGGCUUUUUCUUCUUCUCACUUGAAGCUUAUCUCAAUUGCAUAACUGUCAGCAUUGCCUUUCCUGUCUAUGGUAUCUGUCUAGCCACAUAACUAAUUGGCUGAUGUCUUUUGUAAUUUCAGUUGAAACUGGGUUUGUCUUGUUUGGUAUGUAUCAAGACAAGAGGCUAACCUUUCUUGCUUCUGAAAUAUGCCUUUGUGAGAGAAACUUUUUUUCCAGUGAUUAAGAAGUCUACACAGUUUCCACAAGGCUGUUAAAAUGGGCUCAGCUGCUUGCAUUGGAGGUUCACUUAAUAUUGAACAACUCAACUAUCGCUUCAGGAUUGUGCACUGAAAAUGUUCUUUUUUUUUUCGUAUGAACUCUCCAUUUUGUACAUGUGGUUGUCUGCUUUCGUAGACCCCAUUCUGUGCAGAUGAAAAGUGUUUGGAGAUGGCACUAUUGGGGGCAGCCAUGACAUUGUAAUUUGCAGUUUGUAUUCCUGUUUGUUCACAUUUUUCUUUUGUGUUUGUGGUUGGGGGCUCUUAAAAAUUUGGGUGUUGCCAUAGUGUUUGACUUUUUAACAAAUUGCCAUCUAUGAAUUGCUUCAGUGAUGUGCACUAGGAGUUGCGUGUAUAUAAACAUAGGUAUAUAUACAUAUUAUAAAUGUGUCAAGAACAAUUGUUUGCUGUUUUUUUUUUUUAAUUUUGGGUGUGAUGCCGCUAGAACAUUUUACUGCUUUGUGUAAAGACUUAGAAAAGAAAACAAAUCUGCAACUGCUUUCCUAAUGUUGCAUGAUAUAUUGUAACCAAAUAAAUUAUGCCAUCAGAGCAGUUCUUAUUCAUGGCGACAUCUGGGAGUGCUGGUCCAUUAAAAGCUUUUUUUUAUUUGAA